GACACUAUGCCAAUGAAACGUGACUGUUCCACCAAAGAUGGACUGUUCCUUGUUCAACCUUUGUGCAGCUCUCCAGAAGAAAUGCACUUUCAUAAGGAGGAUGACUCACAAAUUAAAUCUGAAGAGGAGGACAGUAACGAGACCCCUUCAUCUGAGGAAGACCAGGACAUUGUGGACUACAACCUGAGUCUAAAGCAGAGCGUGUCCUCCAGGAAAACCAUCAGCCAAAUCAUCAAAGACAAAAAGAAGCAGACACAUCUCACUCUGCAAUGGCUGGAGGAGAACUACAUAGUGUGUGAAGGAGUGUGUCUGCCUCGCUGCAUCCUCUACGCUCACUACCUGGACUUCUGCCGCAAAGAGAAACUUGAGCCGGCCUGCGCUGCCACGUUUGGAAAAACAAUUCGGCAGAAGUUCCCACUGUUGACAACUAGACGUCUGGGCACAAGAGGACACUCCAAGUAUCACUACUAUGGCAUCGGCAUUAAGGAGAGCAGUGCUUACUAUCACUCAGUGUACUCUGGGAAAGGUUUGACCAGAUUUUCAGGAAGCAAACUGAAGAAUGAGGGCGGUUUCACUCGAAAGUACUCCCUCAGCUCCAAAACAGGAACACUGCUCCCAGACUUCCCCAGCGCGCAACACCUUCUUCUGCAGGGAAACAUUUCCAGGGAAAAGGUUGAUACACUGAUCAUGAUGUAUAAAACUCACUGUCAGUGCAUCCUGGAUAAUGCCAUUAAUGUCAACUUUGAGGAGAUCCAGAACUUCUUGCUGCAUUUUUGGCAGGGCAUGCCCGACCACCUGCUGCCCCUGUUGGAGAAUGAUGUCAUUGUGGACAUUUUCUGUGUAUGUGACUCCAUUUUGUACAAGGUUUUAACAGAUGUCCUUAUUCCUGCCACAAUGCAAGAGAUGCCAGAAAGCUUAUUGGCUGAUAUCCGUAACUUUGCUAAGCACUGGGAGCACUGGUUGGCUUCCUCUUUGGAGAACUUACCAGAAUGUCUUGCUGCUAAAAAGCUGCCCAUUGCUCGUCGCUUUGUCUCAUCUUUGAAGAGACAGACCUCGUUCUUACACUUAGCGCAGAUCGCUCGCCCGGCGCUCUUUGACCAGGCGGUGGUCACUGGGAUGGUGUUGGACAUUGACAGUGUGGACCUAAAUAACAUCAGCUCUCAGCCUCUGCUCAGUGUGAGCUGCCAUGGAGACCAGGACCAAGAGAUCUACUCUGAGUACGACUCGGUGAGUGUGUUCCAGGAGCUAAAAGAGCUGCUGAGGAAAAACGCCACAGUGGAAUCAUUCAUUGAAUGGUUAGACUCUGUUUUGGAACACAAAGUCAUCAAGCCUGGUAAACAGAGUGGCCGUUCAGUGAAGAAACGAGCUCAGGACUUUUUAUUGAGGUGGAGUUUUUUUGGAGCAAGAGUGAUGCACAAUCUAACCCUAAACAAUGCCUCAAGUUUUGGCUCUUUUCACCUGAUCCGAAUGUUGCUGGACGAAUACAUCCUUUUGGCUUUGGAAACUCAGUUUAACAAUGACCAUGAACAGGAACUGCGGAAUCUGCUUGACAAAUACAUGAAAAAUGCAGAUGCAAGUAAAGCAGCUUUUAUGGCAUCACCCAGUUCCUGUUUUCUGGCGAAUCGCAACAAAGCAAAUUCGAUCUCUGACCAAUCAGUGAAGAAUGAGUCUUUGGUGGAUCAGUCCUAUGUGUUUGCAGUGACCAGUCAGCAGCAGCCUACAGCAGACACAAACAUUUACCUGGGCACUGAACCAUCUGUGUUUACAUUAACAGGUUCCCAAAUGGACUUCUCACAAGUGAGUGGGACACUCAUGACGCCCCCUAUCUCUCCUGUAGGGGUAGUGCACCGUGGCUCAGUCAUAAACCAGGGUCCCAUGGCAGCGCGACCCUUGACCUUUUCCUCCUCCACAUCUUCAUCAUCCUCAUGCCAGUCAUCACUCAGCACCCUAACACAGCCCAGCCCCUGCUCCUCCUACACAGAAACCCUGUAUCAGGGCUUAUCUCAAGGUGGAGCAGGGUACUUUCCUUCAACCAGUCAGGCAUCUAACUACCAACUGUCUCUCAGGUCAACCACAGAUGUGAAAAUCUCUGCAAAACAGCAACCUCAGAACCAGUGUGUGUCGUCCGUCCCCUCCCAGAGCUCCUCACUGGAUUACUCUCUCUGUCGUUACCCCUCUUUCAUCGAGCAGCCCCUCAGUAAAGAAGUGUUCUUCAGCCACAGUUCUGCUCCACCUUCCACCAGGGCAGCCCCCUGCUCUCUGUCCGCAUACGGGCCUCUUCGCUCCAGCUACACCUCCGAGUCUGAAGCAGGACUGGACCAGACUCAUGUCAUGGACUCGGAGGGCUUUGGGUUUGGGGCACAGAGUGCACAGAGUGGAUACUCUGCAGCGGCUGCUCAGAGUGGUUACUACGGAAACGGCUCAUGUUUGGAGAGGAUGACCUCACUGGAUCAGCAUGUGUCAGUGAUCAGUAGUGUGAGCAGUCUGCGAGCUUUUGGGUCUUUCUCUGAGGCACAUGACCCUCUGAACUUGCUCGGAGAAAUCACCCGCAAAAACAACAGCAAUGUGUUUUACAACGAGCCAGAGCACUCCACAGGUCCCUCUCUGUCGUCUGUCACUGCCCCCUGCAUGUUCAGUGGCUCUUCUUCGUUCCCCUCUCAGGACGCGGUCUUGUCCCAGCAGCAGCGUGUCCCGUCAGCCUCUGAAGUGCAUGAGCUGGUGUCUUCACUGCCCCCCAUCAACACUGUGUUUAUGGGGGCUGGGGGAGUGCAGUGA